AUGUGCACCGAAAAUGAGGCAAACUGCAUACCGGUACAAGUAACGGAGCACACCCAAAUCUGCAUUACGCUGGAAACGUCUGAAGAAAAGAAGAAGGCAAUAGCAGUAAAAGUUGUUCCGACUGUAGUGAUAACAAACAUGAGAGAAUCAAUUUAUAUUAGUAUACGAGCUGAAGCAAGUAUUUGUGAGAAGAUCGUAUCAAGCCAACAAGAAAGGCACAAUCAGUAUGGGGACCUGCCAAAUGCCGGUCAUUUCGGUCAUUUACACACAAUGUUUGUUAUUCCUCCUUCUUCCGACGAACACACUGACUAUUACAAUGUGUCAGGCUCAAUAAGAAGUGGAAAGUUGAUGGAAAUCAUUUGCCUGUGCGCAAUGAAGGUGGCUUAUGCAUUUGUUAAAGAAAAGAACACACAUACACAAGAAGAGCUUCUAGGAGUCGUUGUCAUUACAAAAGUUGAAGCGAUUCCAUUUUAUAAUUUGAAAGUCGAUGAAAAGUUGGAUUUAUAAAUCUAUGGGAAGAUUAAAAAAGAAGUCGGCAAUAUCCUUCAAGUGCUAGUGAUGAUGUUCCAAAAAGACUCGCAAGGAAAUUUGAUCGAAUCAAUGCACAGACUGACAUUAUAAUUUCAACUUCACACAAUAAAAGCAUAUCAAGCGUAGCCGAGAACAAAGCAGAAGAAAAAUAUGUUGCGCCAGCUUCUGAAAUCAUUACCGUAAAUCAAAAAUAAGAGAGACAAAUGGAAUCACUGGCAAAAAGUCAAGGAGUAAAGCGGAUGCUUGACACAAAAGUGAAGUUAUCUGAAAUUUUGUUGAAAGACCAUCCGAACAUAAAUGGAACUAUAAUCGGAGGGUUUUUAUUGCGGAAAGCUCUCGAGUUGGCCGAGGAGACGGCAAAACUGUUUUGCAGUGGCCCAGUCGCGACUCGAUUAAUGGAUAUAAUUGAAUUUCAAAAUUCUGUGGACACUGGUUGCGUCCUGCACUUCGAAUCCAUGAUACUCUAUACUAAUGGGAAAUUUAUGCAAAUACGAGCGAUCUCAAGUAUCUUGUCUACUUCCGGAAAAAGUGAAAAGAUCCAUUAUCAUUUUUCUAUUGAAUCUCUUGAAACAAGGGUCCCCGAAGUAUAUCCAAAAGGAGAUGAGGAAAUUGCUAUAUACUUUGAAGGAGGGCAACGUCUUGCAGAUGCCAUGAAUGUAAUUGAAACGAACAGACUUUACUGUUUUUACUGA